CUAAGACAGUGCACUCAUGUAUAACUCAACACAAAACCUACACUUAAUAGUAGUAAAGCUAAAAGAGUAAGAGUUAUAUACUAGUAUCAAUUAAUCAAUCGAGAGAAAAAUGGGAAUCAAUAAUAACAAUGAACUAUUAGUACUAGGAAAUGUUAACGACGAUGCUGAGCUCCUACGAGGCCAAGCCGAGGUGUACAACCACCUCUUUGCCUACGCAGAUAGCCUAGUGCUAAGAUCUGCUGUCGAGCUUCGCAUCGCCGAUAUCAUUCACUCGCAUGGUCAAUCAAUGAGCUUAUCUCAAAUAGCCUCAAAAAUAGCCUCUCCUUCUAUUAAUAUAAUGUGUCUUGAGCGUGUCAUGCGUAUGCUAGUUCGGAAGAAAAUCUUCACCGCUCAUUAUAAUGAACAUCCAUCUGAUGAAACUCUAUAUGGUCUAACCACAACCUCUAUGUGGCUCUUGCAUGAUCAAGAGCUUAGCCUAGCUCCUGCAUUUCUAACACUAACCGACCAUUCGGUCACGAAACCAUGGUACGAGAUUAGCCAUUCGAUUAAGGAUGGUGGGAUACCUUUUGUUAGGGCACAUGGUGAGACUUUUUGGGAAAUGGCAUCUAAUAAUCCUGAGUUUAAUAACUUGUUUAAUGAUGGAAUGGCUGCUGCUACUAAGCCUGUGUUAGAUGCUGUUAUUAAAGGGUAUGAUGGGUUUAGUAAGUUGGAAGGUAGUCUUGUUGAUGUUGGGGGUGGCAUUGGGAAGUUGGUUGCUAAGAUUGUCAAAGCAUACCCUCAUAUUAAGGGUAUUAACUUUGAUGUGCCUCAUGUUGUUGCUAAUGCACCCUUAUAUCCUGGGGUCACACAUGUUGGUGGUGACAUUUUUAAGGAGAUUCCUUCAUCUGAUAAUGUUAUUAUCAAGUCUGUUUUGCAUGAUUGGGCGGAUGAGGACUGCUUAAGGAUCCUAAAGAACUGUCAAAAGGCAGUAUCCCAGAAAAACGGAAAGGUGAUUAUUGUUGACAUAAUUCUUCAUCCUGAAGGAGAAGGGAUGUUUGAUAAUGCAGCUGUUGCACUUGAUAUGUUCAUGAUGACAAAUUGUACUGGCGGCAAAGAGAGGACUGAAAAUGAGUGGAAUAAAUUGUUGAAAGAAGCUGGAUUCGCUCAUAUCAACAUCAUUCCACUACCAACUAUAAUGUCACUCUCAAUUAUUGAGGCCUUUCCUUACUAAAUCAAGUUUUGCCAAGUUUUCAACAUCAGACGGCUAAAAAUUUAAUCGUUACAACUCAUGUGAAAUGAAUCGGGUGCACACUAAAUUAAUGUACAUCUGGUUUAUAUAAGUUUUUUUUUAACUAUUUCAUGCACUUAUUGAUCUAGUUAUAGUAAUAAUAUCUUAUCACAUGUGAUAAGAGUGUGCUUUAUUUGAUAAUUAUAGUGAUUUAUUAGACAUGUCAUGCGUGUAAUGUAUUUGAUAUUGUAACGUUGCCUUUUAUUUGUUAAGAAAUAUUAAUAAAUCUAUCGAUUGUGAUUUUUUA